GCACCAUCAUCAAGGCCCGGGGCAUCUCGUACCCGAAUGUGACCGGGAAAACGUUCGCCGUGUUUCGCGUCGACUCCAACCACCACCUGGUGUCGCUCGUGUCCAUGAUCGACCCGUCGCCCGACUGGAUCGUGGGGGUGUCGGGGCUCGAGCUGUGCCUGACCAACUGCUCGUGGAUCGAGAACAAGAUCCUGAACCUGUACCCGUGGGACGCCGGCACCGACAGUGGGCCGACGUACAUUGCGCCCGACCAGCCGACCAACCCACCGGACGUGAUCCGGCGCAUCAAGUCCAACUUCCCGAACGACCCACGGUCCCCGUUCUACGAUCCGUCCGGCACGGAGAUGAAACCGCUGGCACGGAUCUACCUCUCCCGGCAGCGGCUGUACGAGAAGAACUGCGAGGCGGACAACGAGGAGGAAAACGAGAGUAAGCAGGCGUGCGAGACGGAACCGUGGUCCGACUGGACGGACUGUAGCUCGCGGUGUGGCAAGGGCAAGCAGACGCGGCGCCGCGUCUACCGGCACCCGCUGAAGGCGAAGCAGACGGAGUGCAAGAAGAAGCUGUUCGACCGCCGGCCGUGCGUCGGCACGGAUCGGGACUGCGACUACAACAGCCAGGAGAUCGAGGAAGCCUACCAGAGCGACCCGGAGUGUGAGGUGACCGAGUGGGGCCCGUGGAGCGAGUGCAGCUCGCCGUGCGGGCGGGGCAACAGAACUCGCUCGCGGAAGUACCGGAAGAAGGGCGCCCGGAAGAAGUGCGAACGGUUGCCGAACCCGCCGCUCCUGCAGCAGACCGUGCCGUGCGACGAGGACUGCGGUGGUGACAUCUCGCAGCCCGUCCUCAGCUCCGACAUCAAUCCCAAGUGCAAGAUGACGCAGUGGUCCGAGUGGAGUCCGUGCAGCGUGACGUGCGGGUUGGGGCGCAAGAUGCGGACCCGGAUGCCGAUCAACAAGAGCAUGAAGGUGCACCACAAGCGGUUCGUCAACUACUACAUGACCCGGCGCCGCGGACCGGCCCACGGGGACGACGAGGACGACGAUGACGAGGACCACGGCAGCGUCGAGGAUCACGGCGACGGAGAAGACAACGAUUUGCACAUCACCGACCAGAACGAUCCCUGCUACGGCGUGGAGACGGUCGAGGAGGUAACCUGCGGCCACGACUUGCCACCCUGCGACGGACUUUACGGUGUACCAGAACUGUGCUUCCUGGAUCCGAAACCGGGCAACUGUCGGGACUCGCAGACCCGCUGGUACUACGAUGGCGACAAGAACGACUGCUCGAUCCUGUUCUUCACCGGGUGCGGCGGCAACAACAACAACUUCAUGUCCCGCGAGGACUGUCUCGAUACGUGCAGCAAAGACCGGAAGUUCACCAACAUCCCGAUACGGGACCAAAUCAGCACAAACAGUGCCGGCGGUUCCGACUACGGCGCCGGCGGUUCCGACACGGACCUGAAGCAGGACUGCAAAACGUCACACUGGAAGCGCGGGCCCUGUAACGCAACCUGCGGCGAAGGAUUCCGCGCCAAGAGCCGCACCAUUCUGGUACACCCAGCGAACGGAGGGCAGCGGUGUCCGCGGAAGCUGCGCAAGGUCGAGCGCUGCUUCUCGCACUGCGACUCGUCCCGGCAUGACACGAACCCGUCGUGGGGGCCCUCGACCCGCUACGCGCCCGAGCCGAUCGAGUGCGAGUACUCCGGCUGGUCGGCCUGGUCGCCCUGCAGCAAAACCUGCGGCGACUACGCCGUCCAGCAGCGCACCCGCUACGUGCUCAACCCGGAGAACGGCCGCUUCUGUCCGCACCGGCUCGAGGAGCGGAAAUGUGAUAUCAUGCCUUGCCUGUUGGGCAAAUAACUCGGCGCCGGUCCAGCGUCGACGGCCGGCAGAGGUUAGAUCCGUUCCCGACGUUCCCGGUCACGGCACCGACGGAAAGCUUUUCCCGAAUUGUGCGGUUUUCCGUGCUGCCGAAUUUCCGUACCUUUCAAUCGAGCUGCGCAUGAAAAAUUUCGUUCCCAUUUUUUCCACCUUCGUUCAAUAUUUUAUAUCCCCUUUUUUGCCGCUCACUCGCAACGCGCGACCGACAUUGAUGCAUGGAACCGUCGGCGCCCGGCGUGUGGACCAGGUCGAUUGGAUUGGAAGCCGCACACACGUACGUCAGGACCUGUCGGACCUGUCGGAGGACCUGUGGCUGAGGUGAGGUGACGCAUUGUGUUUUCGGACCCGUUGGGUUCGGCGGCUCUCGUUUAUCGGAAGCAUACAUGGCGGGCUCCCUCACCAGACCACAGAGAAAACGAAGCCGGUCUGGUGCCGGAACACUAAUAAAAUAACACACAAACACACCCUCACGGACACAAAAAAUAGUUUAAAAAAACGUAGGUGGAAUCCAAAAACCGGUGCAUGAUACACAGAGCAUGAGAAACCCAUCAUCGUCGAACCUACGUAUAAUAGGCCCGCCGAUGCAGAUCUAGUAACCCUGCCAGGAGCAGCAGCAGGAGCAGUAGUAGAGCAGACCACACUGACACGUCGCACGUGACGUUGAUUGCACCGAGCUUGAUAGCCAAUAGAGAGAGUAAAUGAGAUAGAAUGAGAAAAGCAGGCUCCAGUAGGUUCGUGUUGUGCAAUAAAAAAGAGAGAGAGAGUUUGAUGUGUGUUAGAGACAGGAUUGAAGUGGAAUGCACACGGAACACAUAGAAACACACACAUUCAAACACCAUCAUGUAUCCUUCAACUAACGAGAUCGAAUAAAAUGAAGUA